UAACGUCACUAUUGGCAGGCUGCUCGCCCAACCAGCAGCUCUUCCCGCCCCUCACCUGUAGGCGGGAUUUCCGCUUGGCGGUGCGCCUUGCUGCCGGAAAUCUGAGUAACCACUUCCGGAGAGUGGAGCUAGUUGCUAGGCUGCUUGUCGGACCCUUUGUAGCUUCCGGUCUAGUCGUGUGUGCGCGCGGGAGUCUCUUCCGGGUUUGGGGGCACCAUGAGUACUAUGUUCGCUGACACUGUCCUCAUCGUCUUCAUCUCGGUGUGCACGGCGCUGCUGGCCGAGGGUAUAACAUGGGUGCUGGUUUACAGAACAGAGAAAUACAAGAGACUGAAAGCUGAAGUAGAAAAACAAAGCAAAAAAUUGGAAAAGAAGAAGGAAACAAUAACUGAAUCAGCAGGCCGACAGCAAAAAAAGAAAAUAGAGAGGCAAGAGGAGAAGCUGAAGAACAACAACAGGGACCUGUCGAUGGUUCGAAUGAAGUCCAUGUUUGCAAUUGGCUUUUGCUUUACUGCCCUCAUGGGCAUGUUCAACUCCAUAUUUGACGGCCGGGUGGUGGCAAAACUUCCUUUUAUCCCCCUCUCCUACAUCCAGGGCCUGUCCCAUCGCAACCUGCUGGGGGAGGAUUACACUGACUGCUCCUUCAUCUUCCUCUAUAUUCUCUGCACCAUGUCUAUCCGGCAGAAUAUUCAGAAGAUGCUUGGCCUGGCCCCUUCGCGGGCUGCCACGAAGCAAGCAGGGGGCUUCCUUGGCCCCCCUCCUCAAGCUGGGAAAUUCUCUUGAAGUAUAGUCCAUGUACCUUCUACAGCAGCUCCCAUUGAUGUCAAUAUCAAAGACAGAUUGCCCUCGGUUUGUAACAAGGUUGGAUUGCACAGCAGGCUUUCUAUUCAUUUGAAGCAGCCUUUGGGAUGGGUAGUGCCUUCACGGAAGCAUCUUUGUGUUUGGCAUGUUCUACAAGCAGCCUGUCACGAUUGAAGCAAAGUUCUUGGCAGAUAACGUGAGAUAUGUUUUGUGUAAUAAAUGUUUAAGCCCUUUGCAUUUAAAAUGUAGUGACCUAAUCCCAUUGCAGGGACAGUGGAACUGUCUUGCUUUAUAGAACUACUGUAAGGAUAAUAAAACCUUAUUUGGAGCCAUGAUAGGGAACCUGCAUCAGGUGACAAGGAUCUGUAAAAUAAACAGAUUUUGGAAAGCCCUGCA